AAUAUCGCCCAUCCCUAGCCAAAGAAAAAAAGUGAAUCGAGUCGUCAUCGUCUUGGCCCAUUAAUUGCAAGAAAAAAGAUUGCAGCGCCGAAGAAAACGGUCGAGGAAGAGUUCUAGCGAUACCGUAAAAUCCAAGUAUUCCACAUAGAACUCCAAGCUUGAGGAAAAACCAUCGGCACCGGAAAAGAAACCAGAUCAAACCAAACAACAGCCCCUGCCCCGAUUUCGUGAAUCACCAGUGGAACUAUGGAGCAGACCCCGAUCACCGAUGCGGAGAAGGUACGCAUCGUGUCGGACUUCAUUUUACAUGCGCCUCCCGGCGAGUUUAACGAGGUGUUCAACGAUGUCCGGGAGCUCCUCAAGAACGACACUCUGCUGAAGGACGGGGCCAGCCACGCCUUUGCCCAAUACAACAAGGACCAGCUAACCCCGGUCCGCAUCGAGGGCACCGACCACAAUGCCAUCAUAUCGGAGCACAACGAUCUGGGCAACGGUCGCUUCUACGAUCCGCGCACAAAGCAAGCCUUUAAAUAUGACCACCUCCGGAAAGAGGCAUCCGACUACCAGGACGUGGAGGCAGAUGCCACUGCGGAGUCCUGGAGGGCUGCCCUCGACCUGGAGACGCUCGCCUACACUGCCAGUCACUAUAGACACGGGGUCAGCUCUGUCUUUGGGAAAGCCCAGGGCAACCAGAUAACCCUGACCAUUUGCAUUGAGGACCACCAGUUUCAGCCGAAAAACUACUGGAACGGCCGGUGGCGCUCCCAGUGGCACGUCACCUUCCAGGCGGGCAACGCAGCCGCCGAACUUAAGGGCGUGCUCAAGGUGCAGGUGCACUAUUACGAAGACGGAAACGUCCAGCUGGUAUCCUCAAAGGAGUGCCGCGAGAGCGUGAUAGUUAGCAACGAGCAGCAACUGGCCAAGGAGGUAAUUCGUUUGAUCGAGGAGGCCGAAAACGAGUACCAGCUGGCUAUUUCUGAGAACUACCAGACAAUGUCAGACACGACUUUCAAGGCCAUGCGCCGGCAGUUGCCUAUCACCAGGACCAAGAUCGACUGGAGCAAAAUCGUCUCUUACAGCAUUGGCAAGGAACUAAAGACGCAAUAAGACCAGGAGGUGCAAGCGGAAGAGGAGCGGACACAGUCGACGAAGCGGCCCAACAGUCUUCCACUUGCCAUGGCCAAGCGAGCAUAGGAACAGAUCAUCAGCAUUAACACCACAACAUCCAAACCGAAGCAGCAGGAAUACGAGUAGAAAAGCGGGCAGGUGCCUGCCAAUAUAAAAUGUCUGUAAUUGACUAUUUACAUACGAACAUAUACCUACAUAUAUAUAUAUACGGCGUGUAUUUAUACUGUGUUAUAUAACGACGAAAGUGCGUAUACAAAACAACAUAACAUAACGUUUUCGAUCGGAGACGAUUUAAAAUGCAAGCAUUUGGAUGACCUUAGCCUGACGGUGAUCGAUGCACUGCUGCCUCGUCUGAGUCACGAUCGCCACCAAUUGUCGCCUUUAUCGUUUAAGAAGAGCAUUAAACGCGGAUUUUAUCAUGUCCCUUAAUCUAUGUAUUAUUCUAAUUUUAAAUGAAUCAAACACGAGAUAUUCGCUCUAGAUGAGCCAGGAAAUGAGAACAGCCUACUCUCGUCUAUAUUAAGUGGUAUUAUAGAGCACGCAUUGAAAUUUUCUGCUUUCCCGAUUGUUCACCAACCACAUAGAAUGAGCAUGAAUAUUAACUAAGCUAAACCACUGAUCGUUUUUGCCAGCUCUCCAUUGACAAACAAUAACUAAAGACUUUGAUUUUAUAAAAACAAUAAAUUUGUAAUUAAAAUAACAUAACUAUACAACAUUUAAGAUUGCUUGAAUUAGUCAAAUUUAAUGAGAAUAAACUAAUUGAAUCGGAAA